UGGCUCUUUAAGGGCACUACAUAGGGGACGAUAUAACAGUAUUCGACGUGUCAUGUAGUGGACUUGAUGACCGUUAGGCAGCCGUUUGAAAUGUAACCCGUUUCAGCUAGCGUGCUGAGGUUAGCUUAUAUGAAGAUGUUAACUGGCAUGGUGUCUCCAGGGAUAAGUUAGAUGGGUGAACUUUUUACACCAUAAAAUAACGUUGAAAUCUGUGAAUUAGGUUAGCUAUUUAUUUUUCUAGAAAGACCAGCAAGUGAAGCUUAAUAACGUGGGUAAUGUGAUGAGCAACUAUAUAGCUAGCUAAGCAGUAAUGGCUUCUAAUGCAUCCUGCAUCUUCAGUGCUGCUUGUUCCCUCUGUUCAUCUUCCUCCAUCCAAUAGAGUGCUCUCUGGUUAUUAUCCAGACUUACUCUAACUCCAUCUCAGGGGAAGAGGAUGGUUUGUAUUUGCAUGUAGACACUGUUUAAAAACCAGCUGAUAUUAAUGACAUAUGAUACUAAAAGAAAAAAAAGUAGAAAAUGUACUUAUUUAUAUUCACAAUCUGGGAUGUGUUUCUCUUUACACGUUUUACACAAUUUAUUAGUGUCCUUCUUUAGUCUUAAACUAAUCAUAUGCCUUUUUUUUUUUAUUAUGACUUUUUAAAAGGUGACCUAUAAUCUAUAUUUCCAUUUAUUAUAUUCUGUCUUGUGCAAGGUGCAGUUUAAUAUAUUUUUUCCCGAUCAGUCAACAUCAUGUGUGUGAGUUAGUAAAAUAAUAAUGGGGGGAAAAAAAAGGGUCUGUCAUUAAAUCAUUUAUUAAUUGUAUUUCAUUAAAUCCUGUGACUGGUCAUUUAAGAAAUUUCUGAAUGUUCCCGAGGAGUGCAUUAUCCUGGUGAAAUCGGUGCUCUUGGCUUUACAUAACACACAUGAGGAAGCACAUGACCCUGAUUUUAAAUUAAAUUACGAACGUUAGUGACCACUCUAAUAUGACGGUGUGUUAGGGUCUUGUACUGUCUAGAUGUUUUCAUUUGGUUAUGUGUGUGACCUUCUUGGGUAAUUCAGCCCGGUAAUUCUUAAAUCCUUCAAUGCAAGGACAGGGAUUUGUUGCCUUCUGUUCCUUGUCGGCUUGUGUGUUGCUUGAAGUGCUGCUGUUCUUUGAAUUUUGCAUAUUGAGAUUUUUGAUUUCGGGAAGAUUUGCGAAGACAUUCUUAGUCAUUUCAUUUGGAAGGAAGCAUCGGCCUGGUCUGAGUUUUUUUUUUUCUUUUACAUUUAUUAUUAAUAAAAAUAAUAAUUUGAUACUCAUUUUUGACUAAAAGUCUCAUCAAACGCACUAAAAUAUGUACCAGGUUCCUUUCUUUGCGUCAAACAACCAUCCUGUUUUGUUAACGCUUCCAAACUUCCAGUCAUGUAUAUAAUUAGGAAACCUUCUUAUAUAUGGAUGUCUUUGUUUGCUGCAUUAAAAGACUGUAGAAUCGUGUAGCUGUGAGUCUCCAACCGUGAGCCCCAGGAGUAAAUGCCGUGUACAAAGUAGCUUCUCCUUAGAGAAGUACCAAGACACGUGCAUACUGAGGAAAGACAUGUGCAUUACACAGAACUUUUUUUAUAGCAUUAGUAAUAUAACCAGAGAGUUGCUUCCAUAAAAGACAUGUGAAGUGUUUGGGGGUGGAGAUGAAGAAGUCACCGAAUUAUAUUCUGAGUAGUUUGACCUGAUUUAGGACAGAACAUCUGAAAGGACACCGUGUGUAUCCUCAAAGAACCACUAGUGCUGUGUCCUUUAUACCUUUUACAUGGACACCUCAAACGUCAGAUUGGAAAUGGCAGUGAUUUUGACUUUUUAAAAAUGUAUGUGACUUCUAUGAAAGUAACAACACCCAGGGACUAAUUAGCUAGACUGUGUCAUUGUUUGCAAGUAAAAGGCUCUCUCCCCUGCGACGCUCGCUGUGCAUCACUGCUGUAUCUCAGCAGAAACUGGAUGAACCUGAGGGAUGCUGAGACGGGGAAGGUUCUCUGGCAGGGGACUGAAGAUCUCUCUGUUCCUGGUGUAGAACAUGAAGCUCGGGUUCCCAAAAAGAUCCUAAAAUGUAAAGCCGUCUCCAGAGAACUGAAUUUCUCCUCAUCAGAAAAACUGGAAAAGUUUCGCCUAGAGCAAAAGGUUCUCUUCAAAGGCCAGUGUCUAGAAGAGUGGUUUUUCGAGUUUGGCUUUGUGAUCCCUAAUUCUACAAACACAUGGCAGUCCUUGAUAGAGGCAGCACCUGAGUCACAGAUGAUGCCUGCUAACGUGUUAACUGGAAAUGUUGUCAUCGAGACGAAGUUCUACGACGAUGAGCUUCAUGUCAGCACCUCUCGAGUACGGCUUUUCUACGUCUGAAAUAUCAAGCCUCUCCUUUUUUUUAUUUCUGUCAUUCAUAAGGAUGUGCACCGCUUUGAGGGUUUUUAAGGCCAGGCGAGACUCUGCUUAAUGAGUAUUUCCAUGGCACCACUAAAGGAACUAGAGGAUCUAAAGGAAACAAGUCAAGGAAACUAAAUUUCAGGUUAAAAAAAUCACACCAGUUUAAUGACGGUUAAAGACUUGGAAACAAGGGCAAUGAAGCUCAUCUCAACCUGCCCAUGUAAAUUGUUUUAUUUGUACAUUUAUUCCCUCUAUUAUCCUUUUUUAUCCUGCACUGUAUACAGCUUCUUUGCAUUCUGUUUUUAAAUAUUUGCUGCCAGUUUCUGUGAUUGUUAAUAACAUUGUUUUUAAAAACUUGUAAGAUAGGCAUUGUCUAAAUACAUGAUUAUUUUGGGGUUUAAAUUUGAUAUCUUUAAAUGAUGCCUUUUUUUUUUUUUUCAUUUGACUGCUGUUUUGAAUUCUUUUUAAAUAGGUUAAUUCCUAUACGACUAUCAGAAACAGCUGUAUUCACUCUCUUCCGUUUUGGUGGUGGUGGGGGGGGGGGGUAUAAUUGUGUAUAAAAGUCAAUGAAAUAGUUUUGAUGAAUCUACUCUGUGUAACCUGGCCUAUUUGAUUUUCUUAUAUUAAAUAUUUUUUGCCCAGGAUGCUCAGGAAGGUUCUCAUCACCAUUUUUCCCCCUUCUUUAUGUCUAUUUGGCCUUCUUAAUUAAAAAGCAAAGAAAUGUUUAUUUA